ACACCGAAACUCAUAUGGAAAGUGAUGUCAGUGUAUAGCAGUGAAUCGAAGAAGUAAAUCAGGUUUUUGUAGUGGAAGCUGAACCGUGACGCAGUGUCGUGUCAGCCGAAUGACCAUAGUAACAGAAACAGGCAAGGCAGCAGAAUUCUUCAGUGCGAGAAAUCUGAAGACGAAUAAAAAUAAGAAAAGGAAAGAAUAUUUGUGUUUACGUAAAUAAUAUACGGGUUUGUGUAUCUGUUUGUGCAAUUGUGUUAAAAGCCGUUUGGCAACUUCUUACAUUACAACGCGGCAAUUGGCAGUGUUUGUUGAAAAAGGCAGUCUACAGAGUAGAAUAGGGGCAGCUGUAAAGAUUAUUGCGCUGCCAACGUAAACGUUAGCAGCGCUGUUGGCACUAUGUAAAAAGCAACACGAAAACAAGUGGAAUUAAUGUUGCUCACUCUGUGUUUGUUAUUUUGAGGUCGCCCUCUAAAAUUUUGCAUGAGUGGAGUGUAGUAUGAAAAAGAUUUCUAAAUUUUCUUUGAAGUGCAAACUCAAAUAAAAUGUGUGAAGUGUCGAAAUGAAGCACAAUAAAUUUUUUACAUGAACAAAACUUGAGCGUGCAAUAUUAGAUGUAUCUUAUUGUUUUACAGAAAACCAACAAGCAUGAGCUUGUGUUUGAAACUCUUUGAAUAGAUUUGAUUAAUUGACAUCGGACCAUCUAGUGAAUUCAAGAAAAAAAAAAACAAUUGCACUGAAACUAGGCAUUCCUAUAUGUAGUUAUAUCGGGCAAGUAAAGAUUUAUUAAAGAUUAUAAUUCAUACUACCAUAUUUAGCUAAAAAUCGUAUGAAUUUAUUUCAUAGCAUUUGGGUUUUCUAAGUAAAAGCGAAGAUAUUAAAGGCUGGCGCUGAAUGUUACUUUUUCUGUAUGCAUACAUACUUAUUGAGCCCCAGCCGCGAAAAUAAGCACCAACACAAUGCCAAGAAUUAAAUUGUUGCACACACACUAUCAACUUUUGGCGUUAGCGCUUGUCAUCAUCGCACCGUUAGUCAGCUCCGAAACGAAUCGCCCGCCUGUUUUCACUCAAGUCCUCAAUAAUAUUGUGCUUGAGGAAAAUGCAGCCGUCGGCACAGUUGUCGCGCAACUGCAAGGCUAUGAUCCGGAGGGCAGUAAUGUUACCUUUGGUGCCAUCGGCUCGGAACACUUUGAAGUGGAUCCCGUUACGGGUGUUAUAAAAUUAAUUAAGCCAUUAGAUCGCGAGGAGAAAGACAGUCUACUAUUUUAUGUUACGAUACGGGAUCGUGUCAAUCCCGAUGGUGAAUCUGAUCAAGAUAAUAUCGUACAAGUGCCAAUCACUAUUAUUGUGCUGGAUGAAAAUGAUAAUCCACCAGAAUUUCAGAAUACACCAUAUGAAACAGAUGUCAAUGAAGAUGCUUCCAUUGGCACAACAAUUUUCAACCAAAUACUGGUAACAGACCGCGAUACUAUCGGCGAGAGUCUCGACUUAAAAUGUCUGCCACAAGAGCAAAGUCCGGAGGCGUGCAACAAAUUCCGCCUGGAACCAUUAUCGCGUGAGCCGACCGUGCUGAAGGCGGCCGUGGUGCUGAAUGAUACGCUGAAUUAUAAUCAGCGCAUGAUUUAUCACUUUCAAAUUGAAGCAACGGAUGGCGUACAUAAAUCACAAACGAAUUUCGAAGUACGUGUUAAGGAUAUACAAGAUAAGCCGCCUGUAUUUCAGGGCUCCUUGUCGGCGGUCAUCGACGAGGAUAGUCCCAUUGGCACGCUGGUGCUGAAGGUGCAGGCGCGCGAUGGCGAUACAGGCGAGCCGAGGAAAAUCGUUUACGAUUUGUUAACGAAUCCGAUGGACUACUUUUUACUGGAUGAGAAGAGCGGUGAAUUGCGUACAGCUAAACCUUUGGAUCGUGAGGCGCUUCCCGAUAGCACAGGCUUAAUAACACUCACUGUUAGGGCCCGCGAGCUUGUUAACGGUAUAGCCAGUAGCGAUCCACUUACCAGCACUACCGCCCAAGCGACUGUAACCAUACGCGAUGUUAACGAUUCACCGCCCACAUUCAAUAAGAAAGAGUACGAAGUGUCACUGCAAGAGAAUACUGCACCGGGCACACCCCUUGCACUCGACAUGAAUGUGACGGAUCGUGAUGUUGGCAUCAAUUCGAAAUUCUCACUUCGUUUGGAUGAUGUAUCUGGCGUGUUUGAAGUGGAACCAAAAUUUGUCAACGGUUUCUCACAAGUCAAUAUACGCGUCGGCAAUGGCACACUCGACUAUGAGAAUCCCAAUCAGCGUAAAUUCAUCGUGCUUGUCAUUGCUGAGGAGACGGAUACCAAUCCGAAGCUAUCUUCAACUGCAACCAUCACAAUAACAGUAUUGGAUGCAAAUGAUAAUAAACCAAUUUUCGAACAUGAAUCCUACUCGGCAAGUAUAUCUGAAGCAGCGCUUCCAGGUCAAUAUAUCACCACCAUCACCGCAAAGGAUGUAGACUCAGGGCAGUAUGGUGAUGCCGGAAUACGUUAUAGCCUUUCGGGCACUGGUGCAGAACUUUUUCAUGUUAAUGAGCAGACGGGUGUAAUAACGUUGGCCGAUUGUCAUGCGGCUGCCGGUGGUACAAGUGGUAGAGUAGGGCGUCAACGACGCGCAUUGCACACACAGGCCGAAGCAGCCGACUAUGCAUCGCUACUGCCUUUCUUAGAUAUGGAUAACUACAGUCAUUUGGUGGCAUCCUCAUCGUCAUCGGUGGAGGAUAAUGACCCGCCCGCUGCGUUAUUCAAUGCAUUGGAAAUCAACACAGAGCCAACGGUAGAGUAUACUGUGGUGACACAAUCGGAAGCACGCAGCAGCAUUAACGAUGUCAUUAGUGAAGCAGCAGCAGCACAAACAGCGCCAGCAGUAGCAACAGUACCAACAGUACCAUCCCACUUGUCGCCAGCGUUGACAACUAGCACAACUUACACCUCCUCUGUUCCGACAACAGCCCAAACCAACAUAGGCGCUGAGUUGCCGAGUACGUGCCUCGACUACGAAACGGAGACCACGUACUUUUUGUCAUACAAAGCAACAGAUGACGGCGGUCAAGGCCAAACAUCCGUAGUAGCGCUGCGCAUUUCAGUAACCGAUGCCAAUGAUUCGCCGCCUGUGUGUGAGAGUCCGCUGUAUCGCGCCGCCGUCGAUGAGGGUGCACACGUAUUUGACUCGCCGUUGGUGGUGAAGGCGCGCGAUGCCGACACCAUUUCCGACAUUAGCUACCGCAUUAUUGGUGAUAAUCAAAUCGCAAGCAUUUUCGCUAUUGACAAACGUUCCGGUCAAAUAACUGUGCGUCCAAAUGCGACGCUCGAUGUGACACACCUGAAGCGCGACUAUUUGGUGUUUACCGUGGAGGCAAAUGAUGGCGUCUUCGCUACCAAUUGUGGUGUAAAUAUAACGGUGCGCGAUGUAAAUAAUCACGCGCCACGCUUCCUUGCCGAAGAGUACUCUGCAGUGGUGGAGGAGAAUUCAGAAAUUGGCACAAGUGUGGAGAAGCUCCAAGCAGAGGAUUUAGAUUCGGGCAAAAAUGCAGAAAUAAGAUACCGCAUUGAACAUGGCAGCUUUAAUGAUUUUCGUAUUGACGAACGUACUGGUGAUGUUUUCGUAUCGCGCAAGUUGGAUUAUGAUCGACGUAAUACCUACCAAAUCGAGGUGCUGGCAACUGAUUUGGGUACACCAAGCCUAUCAGGCACAACUAUGCUUACGGUCAACAUAAACAAUAGCAACGAUAAGGAUCCGUAUUUUACACCGGCCACGCAGCAUGCAGAUGUCCCCGAGGAUGCUCCUGUUGGCACAUUAGUCCACACUCUGGUCGCACUCGAUCCCGAUGUGCCCACGUACAGCGCACUCGAAUUCGCAGGCACUGAUAUUACUGCCAUCGACAAAGAUGGCAAAGAAGUGCCAAACAGUGAACAGUUUAAAGAAUACUUUUCCAUAAAUCGCAAAGGACAAGUGAUCGUGAACAAGCAGUUGGAUCGAGAACUCUUUGCCGUCAUACGAAUCAAUGUGCUUGUAACGGAUAGCACCGCACCCACUGUACAGCAGGGCCGUGGACUGCUUAACAUACAGAUUACGGAUGUCAAUAAAACGCCACCGAAAUUCAAUCCGCCAUGGACGCCCGAAAACCCUGUAAUUAAACUGCAGAUGACCGAAGAGCAACCAAUUGGCUCAGUACUGACUACUCUGCAGGCCUACGAUGAUGACUCCACUAUCGGCGAGUACAAUAUAUCACCGAAUGCAUAUUUUGCCAUCAACAAGACUACGGGCGUGAUCACUUCGAUCUCGCGCAUUGACUAUGAAUCGAUAAAGGAAGUAAAACUCGUGGCCACGGUGAGUGACACCGGCGUACCAUCGCUCACAUCAACAGCUGAAGUCACUGUGGAUAUUAUCAAUUUGAAUGACAAUGAACCACACUUUAGCCAAACAGAGUAUCAUUUCAAUGUGACAGAGAAUUCACCACGUGGCACUGUCGCCGGCAAGGUGGAGGCAUUCGACGCCGAUGUCGGCACCUUUGGUGAACUGACAUAUUCGCUGAUUGGCGAGAAUAACAAAUAUUUCAGCAUUGACGCGUACACAGGCAGUAUAAUGGUAGCCGAUGCGGCAAUACUCGAUCGUGAGAAGAUCAGUGAGAUCACAUUGACGGCUGUGGCGCAAGAUAAAGCGCCAGCCACAGUGCAGAAAUCGGCAACGGCGGCGAUCCACAUCAAUGUGCUCGAUGUCAAUGAUAAUGCGCCAAUAUUCACACAAAACCAAUACACGACAACAUUGGCGGAGAAUGCUGCAUUUAAUCCGCCAGCUGCAUUGUUGCAAGUGAAAGCGCUCGAUGCGGAUGAGGGUCUGUUUGGCGAUGUACGCUACUUUAUCACAGCAGGCAAUGAGCAAGGUCUCUUCCGGCUCGACGCCCAAACCGGUAUUGUUUAUCCAGCGCAAAGCUUGAAUGGCAAGAAGGGUGUGUACGCACUGGAAGUAGUCGCACGUGACACUCAGGGCUCGGGUACAAUGGAGAGUCGAACGCGGGUAUUGAUCACGGUGAUGGGUGUAAAUCAGCAUCGGCCGGUGUUCGUCAUACCGGCACUCUCGAAUGCCACCAUAGAGAUACCUGGUGAUAUUGUACAACGUGAUUAUUUGCUGCUCACCGUCAAGGCAACUGACAAUGACACCGAUGAGAAUGGUUACAUUUCCUAUCAUCUGCAAGUGAGCAAUGAGAAUGUACAGGAGACCGAAGAAUUUCGAAUCGAUUCUGUUACGGGCGAGCUGCGUACAAAGCGAGAGUUGAAUCGCAAAGAACGCGCUAAUUACGAUAUAAUUUUGGUGGCACGCGAUGCUGGCAAUCCAACGCCCUUCGAAACAUUACGUUUCCUUAGCAUUAGUAUUGUCGACGCCAACGAAAAUCGCCCCGAAUUCCCUGAUGCCUCAAAUCCCUACAAAAUAUCCAUCAAAGAAAAUAGUGGACGCGACGUGAGGAUUGGGCGCAUACAAGCAACGGCGCGUAGUAAACACAAUAGAGAUGUGUAUUACUAUUUGCUGCUGGGUAAUGAGGAUAACGCUUUUGUUGUAGACAAAGCUACUGGAGACAUUUACACCAACAAAAGUUUGGAUAGGGAAGAGACCGAUUUCUACACCCUUUACAUUCUCGCCAGCAUUAAGUCGGAUUUGCAUAUUUCUGAAGAAGAACGCGCUUCGUUUUCAAUAAAAAGUUUCGAACGGGAUAAUACAGUGGCCAAGGUGUGGAUAACAGUGCUCGAUGAGAAUGACAAUGCGCCAAUCUUUGAAAAAGAGGUUUACUAUGCCGGCGUUAAUGCCAAAGCCGCCAUCAAUAGUAUAAUAACCAUAGUUAAUGCGACCGAUGCAGAUGCUGGCAAGAAUGCCAAAACUGAGUACAUGAUUGUGGCGUCUAAUCUGUAUAAAUAUGGCGCCACGAAGGCGACCGGCUCUAUAGUGCCAAGUCCGUUUGCCAUUUCGCCCGACGGUCGUAUCACCACCGCUGCUUUUAUGGCCGAGUAUAAUCAGGAUCGUUUUGAAUUGGAAGUAAUUGCCAAAGAAUUGGAACAACCACAACAAUCCACGCGCACUAAAGUCUAUGUUUGGGUAUUUGAUUCAACGCAGUUGGUGCGCGUUAUACUCUCGCGUCCACCGGAAGAAGUACAUCAGGAGCAAGAAGAAAUAAUCGCUGAAUUGCGUAAUGCGACACAACACCGCAUCAUAGUUGAUGAGAUACGCUAUCAUGUGGAUGCAAUGGGACGCAUACGAAUGGACUGGUGCGAUUUAUUUUUCCAUGCGGUGGAGCCGCAUUCACAGCAAAUCGCUGCAGUCGAUGAGAUUUUAAAGGUUAUCGAUGCAAACUAUGAUUACUUGCGGGACUAUUAUGCCGGAUUUGCUAUUGAGAAUGUCGUGCCCGCCUACAUAACCAUCGUCCAGGAUGAAUUUGAUUUGGCUGUGGCAGGUUUGGUGGCGCUAAUCAUUGUGCUCUUUGUAGGCGUCAUUAGCUUUAUUGUGCUGUGUUGCUGUCUUAAGCAUUGGAAUCUCUCCGUACCCGUAGAAAAUCGCCGCAAAGAAGCUUUGAUCAAAAAACAAAUCAUUGAAGAUUUGAAUACAACAGAGAAUCCUCUCUGGAUAGAGCAAAAACUCAAGCUUUACGAGGAGCAGGAGCUGACUAUGCAGGUCUUCUCCGAGCCCGAUCAUAUCUCGAAUUCGGACUCACCGGCUCAAUUGGAGCGUCAUGUGCCACAUCAUAGUGUUGUCGACAACACAUAUGCAACUAUACAGCCACGUAAUGGCAAUCACGGUCUGAGUAGUUCAGCUGUGCACAACGGAGAGAAUAUUGUUGGUGUGAAUAUGAGCAAUGCCAAUGCGCUGGGACGUGUACACGAUGCUCAUACAAAUGAAUUUGCCGAUUAUGCGACGUUGCGCAACAAUCGGGCGCCAUCGAUGUACGAAUUUACUGGCUCCACAUUUCAAGCGCCCAUACGCGAAGGUGACGAUGCAGUAGCAGAGCUCAUAUAAAAUUCAACCCAUGCCAUGAACUGGACCUGGAUUGUGUAUAGAAUUGUAAACGUUGGCAUUUAGUUUCAAUACAUAACAUUUUUUGGGAUUUUGUAAAUUAUAAUUGGUUCAUAAUAUGCAUAAUUUUUUCGAAUGUCUUGGAUAAGUUAGUAAUGCAACUAAAAAUUUAAAACAUUUUUUAAAAGCAUAGCUAACUUAAAAGUAGGUGAUGGUUUGGGUAUGCCAAGUACAUACAAGUAAAUAGUGCGCGAAAAUUUGUGAAGUAUAUACCUACAUAUGUAUUUAGUAGUUAUGUACUGUAAAGUGCGAAAGUACUAACUAACAAUAGUUGUAAGCAAAUGAAGAACAAAAACUUAUGCAUAUACAAUAUAUAGUACAUACAUACAUACCUAUAAAUAAAAUACAUAAUUUGUAUUUAGUCUUAACAACAUAAGGAAUACUCGAGGCAGCUUGAGGAUCGGUAUGCGAUCUAAUAAGGUAGGCGGCGAUAAAAGCGGCAGGCCUCCAGUGACGAGCAAAAGCUCAUAGCCAUGAAAACAACUCGAAUCGAACAGAGCGAAUAAAUCGUUAAAAUAGAGACAACAAAAAAGAAUACAAAAAUAUAUAAAAAUGAGACAAUAAGCGAAAAGUAGAUAUUGCAACGAAAAAAUAACUAACACAAAUUAAUUAUAAUUAUAAUUAUAAUUAUAAUUCGAGUAACCUACACAAUAAGUUCUUCUGUUCCAUGUGAACUAUAUAAGUUUUACUUUAAAAUAUGAAUUUUGUUUACUUUUUUUAUUAAUUAAGUUUGCUUAGUGAAUUUUUUCUGCGCAUCAAGUGAUGCGCUGUUAAAAUGCUUGAACGUAUUUUUAAAUUCAAGCGAUUCCAAUGCAAGUCAUCCCGAUAUUUUGGGCAUUCGCGUAGGUUUUAUUGAAAAUUGGUUAUUUGUGCUGCACGUAUUUGAAAAUAACUCGAAAAGUUAUGGUAAUCCCACUAUGCAACUUUCAGUGAUUACCGAACAUAGUCUCUUUCUAUUGACGAAAAAAUAAGAAAAAACUGAGCGGGCGUUCUUAAGGGGUUAGGGGUAGUCAGAGGCCUGAAAAAAUGAUUGAAUGAAUGAAUGAAAUUUUACUUGACUUUAGCAAAAUUUCAAAAAAAAAUUAGUGAUUGUAAAAGUUGUCGCUGUUUCUAUGGAGCCCGUUUCUCCAAAAGUCUCUUGUGGUGAUCAUCACAAGUCCUUGAAGGUUCACCUAAAAUCGAUCGGACAAGGGAAAUUAGUUUUAUUAGUGGAUAAUCUUGUGCCUGAUCGAAGCUUUUUUUUCAUAAUUAACAAUACGACGGCCUCAGGAAAUAUUUUUCAGAUUUUCGAGAAAAAAACCGACAGUUAAUUGUUAAAAAAACGAAAUUUUUGGAAAAAAACAUCCUUCGAUCAGGCACGAGUUUUUUAUGUUUUUCAAAUACAGUAUGCAUUUUUU